UGCCAGACCCGAUGACACAGUCGUGAUUUUACUUUUUGGUGAAGUUUUCUAUUUUUAAAAACAAUUUUUUUAUCAGGUUUGGAAACAACAGAUCUGCAGAUUUCACCGGAGUUUCCCGCAGUUUUGCAUAAAUUUCACCUGCAUGCGUCAGAGCGCAGACUCCUCUCAUCCCUGCGUGUAAAAACAGCGACACACACACACACACACACACACACCAGGAGGAGUGCGCCUGUUCGCUGCUCUCUGCCACACUUCUCUUACUUUCAGAGGGGAGGCUGCAAACAUCCACACCGCCCGUUUCUUCUUACCUUAACGUGCGUAAUCAUUUUGGCUUCAUUCCGCAUCUGGACCGCCGCAGAGUUCAGGCUUCCGCCGCAGCGCAGCGCAGAGAGCAAGUGAUCAGACCCCCAGUUUGGUGAGUGAAGAUGAUUCCUGUGCUGAUCUGUGCUUUGAUCUCACUGAGUGUAGCAGACAGCAACUUAGACACCCUGUACCCUGAACUGGAGCACUCAAGAACCAUCUAUGUCAUAGAGAAUGGCCCUCAACUCUCAGUGGCAGCAGAUCAAUCAAAGGUGGUGUCGAGGCGGGGGGGAAACGCCACUUUACCAUGCAAGAUCCAAAGGGACCAAUCACUGGCGCCCAGUCGGAAGAUGAGGAUCAAGUGGACCAAGCUGACCUCAGACUACCUAAAAGAGGUGGAUGUUUUUGUUUCCAUGGAUUAUCACAAAAGGAGUUAUGGCAGUUUCCAUGGACGUGUCCACCUACAAGGCUCCUCUCCCAUGGAUGCCUCUCUGGUCAUCACAGAAAUCACCCUGGAGGAUUAUGGGAGAUAUAAAUGUGAAGUUAUUGAUGGGCUGGAAGACGGAACAGUAGUGGUGUCCCUUGACCUUGAAGGUGUUAUCUUCCCCUACUUCCCGCGCCUGGGUCGCUACAACCUCAAUUUCUACAACGCUGAGCGGGCAUGUCGUGACCAGGAUGCCAUCGUAGCGUCCUUUGACCAGCUGUAUGAUGCGUGGCGAGGAGGGAUGGACUGGUGCAACGCUGGCUGGCUGAGUGACGGCACGGUCCAGUAUCCCAUCACCACCCCCAGGGAACCCUGCGGAGGCAAGAACACAGUGCCGGGCGUUCGCAACUAUGGCCUGAGAGACAAAGACAAGAACCAAUACGACGUGUUCUGCUUCACUUCCCACUACAAAGGUCGGUUCUACUACCUGAUCCACCCGUCUAAGUUAACCUACGACGAGGCGGUCAGGGCGUGUCAAAAAGACGGUGCUCAAAUCGCCAAGGUCGGUCAGAUGUACGCCGCCUGGAAGCUGCUGGGCUACGACCGCUGCGACGCCGGCUGGUUGGCUGACGGCAGCGUCCGUUAUCCCAUCUCCCGCCCCCGCCGGCGCUGCAGUCCCACAGAGGCUGCCGUGAGGUUCAGCGGCUUCCCCGACAAAAAGCACAAGCUGUACGGAGUGUACUGCUUCAAGGGCCACAACUGAGCUGCAAACACACACACACACACACACACACACAUAAGCAUGCACACACACACACACACACACACACAUUCCUACACUAGUGAAGUGAAAAAGAGACAGAGGAACAAACACAUUCAAACUGUGAUGCUUCAUUUCAAGGAAACCUUAAGACAUUAUUGUCAGACAGAGUCAUGUUGUUGCUUUGUAAUCUGGGACCUGAUACUCUACGAGGGAUAGUUUACACAUAUUUAAGGUUCAUAUUAUUUAAUCAAUGCCUUUGAAGGGGGUGGGUGGGUUGUUGUUGUUGUGGGGGGUGAGGGUUGGAGGAUAUCACAGCUACGGCCAUACUGUCAUUCAAGAAUGGACUAGGCAUGUCAUAUAACAAGGAACGACACGCCUGAACUGAGAACAGUUUCACAGCAGAACGACUCGUGGUCGGACGGACACUUUGGGCACUUAUCUUGUUUUGUUCAAGACCUGGAACAACAACAAAGCCAUGAAACACAGCUGAAAACACACGAAAAGAAAGAAAGUUUAAAUCCUGCGAUGCCUGUCAGGUAGGAAUAUCAGCCUAGCACAACUAAACCGAUCUUUGCUGUCCAUAUUUAACAAGGUGCUAUGACUGGUACUUUGUACUUCAUCUUACCGUCCAGUAUUUUAUGUUUUUAUACAAAUGUGUUGGACCAAACAUCAGUCUUAUCACCAAAAUGAAUAAGGAAAAGGAGCAUCCAACUGUUAGCAUUGUUUAUGUUUUCUAAGUAGAAUGUUAUUAUCUAGAAAUGUAUUUCUGUUUAUUACUAUUUUUUGAUAUACUAUAGAAAUAUUUACAUUAUUAUUUUUUGUCUUUUUGGCCAAACUAUCCAAGUCUCUUUGGUUUACAUAAAACAUAAGAACAGUGGAAAAAAUAAUACAGAACUCCACAAUACUAAAAAAAAGGUAUGAAUUUUGCACUGAAUAUAAAGAAGAUGUCUAAAGGAGGAGCAGACGAGGCAAACGGUAGUUCGCCCUAUGCAGCAAUAGAAAAUGCCUGGCACAAGCUCAGUUUUACAGUGAAGUAGACCUUUGUGGCUGUAUCUCUGUGUUUGGCUUGAUCUUAGACUUCAGAGCAUGACUUAGCUUCUACAAGCACACAGCGAAGCAGCUGGCAGUGUAGAUCUACGCCCACUAUCUAUCUAGCGCCUUGAUAAACUGCUGUUUUUGAUACAAAUACCGUAGUUUCUUAAAGUGGAUGAGCAGAGCCAAGGCUCCAUGAAUCUGUCUCACGUGGUUCCCCUACGCAGACCUUUCAGGAGACGUCAUUCUGCUGUUAUCCAGCAGUGGGUUGAUUCUUUAAACGUAUUUUUGUGAUCCCACAGGUGUCUGCUGUCUGCCCGGAAGGAUAAAAUCUUUGCCUGGGUCUAAACCAACAUUUAAAUCCACAGACUUUCCCACUCCUCCGCUCUACUCUUCUAUGCUAGCUAUGGCGGGCUAUGGUAGUGGCCAGUGCAGUGUGGAAAUAUUGGAUUCAAAAGUUUGGUUUUGCAAACAUUUGGUCAGUGUUAAUUUCUGCAACCUUUUUUCUGUAACAGGAAGCAAGACAUACUAAAUAAAAAGUAAGCUUUGAAAACAAAAACUAUGAUGAAAGGUAUUACAAUUGUUGUCAAAGAAUAAAAUCUAAACAAUAAUUAGAAAUACGGAUGAAUGGACAUUAAUUCGUGUUUUAGUGCAGUCUCACCGGCCGCUCAAAUUGUGUUAGCUGCUUGACCUGUUGCACUAAAAAGCAGCAUCUUUCAUGCCAGUAACGUUAUUUCUCUGACAGUGAUGUUAGCUAACAGAUUCAUGGACCAAUUCAUCUACGAUCCCAUGAGUGCAGGAUUAAUGUCAAACAUCUAAAUCUUCCUCCAGAUGUUCACUAAAGGAAAAAUAAGUUGAUAUUAUCUGACAUUUUAGCUGCUUCUCUAAAGCUACUGUAGAUGAGUGAGUUGGAGAAUGACAACUGUAUUCCAAUGGCGAGUGAGUCUGUUGCAUAACUGCAGAGAGAAACAGUGUGUGUGUCACAGUCUGCUAUCAAAGAUGGCGGUAGACAAGAACAGCUCUAACCAUGGUAACUACAUAUCAAAGAUGGCGACAGUGAGCGGUUUGCACAAAUGUGACCACUGGAUCGUUUGUGUUUAUUCGCCCCAAACAGCCAAUGUAAAAACUGUACAGACGUUAGCUGUAAACUAGCUAGCAAUGGGUGCACCGAACGUAUCCGUGGGAGUGUGUUCAGCUCAGCCUCUGACUGAGCUCAGAACUCAGCAGAAACUCCGGUUCUUUCUGUUAUUUCCCUCCAGUCUCUCUGCUUUUUCCUCUCGUCUCUGUUCCUUUACGUAGCAGAUUCAUAAAGACCCGGGAUUUGCGCAAAUUCUUUGCUCAAGUUGAAACUUUUUAAGCUGGCGUAGACGUGUCUUUGUGUCAAUUUGUGCCGCCUGGGAGAAUUUGCAUCUUGUCGCAUCUUUCCGUUGACUUUGUAUGCAAUCGCGUCACCUCUAAGAUUUGUCUGAACACAGUCAGAAAGACAUAAAAAUGAAGAAGGGGUGACGAAAGUGAGACUAAAAUGCCACUGAUGAAAUUAUGACUAAAAUAGUUUUUUGUUGACUAAAACUUAGACUAAACCAAAAUCAGGUGCCAAAUUUAACACUGCCUUUGAUGAGACAGUAGACAUCUGUGAGAUCACGAAAAUGCCACUUCUGGAUAACGCUUAACACAUAACACAUUGAUUUUCCUCUUAAGGUUUGGGUACAGAGUGCUGAGGUCACAAAUGGGACUAAGCCAGGCCCUGAGCGAGCAUGGUUUUCUUGGCAGCAACUGGCUCCCUGAUUGCUAUUUAAGCUCUGCAAGACUCAGCUCUGAACCGGCUGACCCGCCUCAGACCCGGCGGGCCUGCAGCCAACCUGCACCAGCCUCCUGAAUGAGACAGAAAUACAAUACAUUCAAAAUACCAAUAAUUCCUGCAUGGUGGCACGAAGGGCUUCUUCCAUGUAAGGGUAUUACAGAGUAAAUGGUGCACAUCGAUCAAGUGUAAGCUCACUGCAAACAGUCCCAGCUGGCCCGGACACUGGUUUAGGUCAUCCACUGGAGCCUGGUACAGGGUUAGCUUUACUUGGCUCCACCUUUGACAAGCCACUGAACAAUCAGAGUCCUGCUACAUUUAUCACUGAAGAACUGCAGGACAGACUCGUAGAAACAGCUUUCUGUAAUGAUUAGCCAUAGACAAUGUGGGAAAUAAAAUGGUGAUUUUACAGAACAACAGCUGUGAAGUAAACGCUUACUGAAGAGUCUUCUGCAGCGUUGCAAAAACUAAAAGAUUUGUUCCUAUUAACUUGUAUUAUUUUCAGUCAUUGUAAACAAUUUGCAAACAAUGUUAAGUGUCCGUUUGUUAAAGGAAUAGUGUGACAUUUUGGGGAGUGCAACCUUUCAGAAAGACUUGAGGAAGUCACUGCUCCCGGCCGAGUCGUAAGCUCGUAACUCCCCGUUUUCCAUUUCUGUUUGUGUACGGAUUAAAGAAAUAAGAUAUAAAGUGUUAAUUAGUAAAAUUUAGAGGUGCAGAUUGACUUCACUCUCAUAUCUGUGUUAAAGGCUACAGCCAGCAGCCGGUUAGUUUAGCUUAGCAAAAAGGACUGGAAACAGGGGGAAACUGCUAGCCUAGCUCUGUCCAAUGGUAACAACAUCCACAGCAGCUCUAAAGCUCACUAAUUCAUUUGGUUGUUGUACGGAUUAAACAAACGGAAUAUAACUUGUUAAUUAGUGAUCUUUAGAGGUGCUGCCAGGUGUGUUUUUUACCUUUGGACAGAGCUAGGCUAGCUGUUUCCUUCUGCUUCACAUUUAGUGUAUAGAUAUGAGACGUAUGGAGCUUCUCAUCUAACUCUCAAAGCGAUUAAGCCUAUUUCCCAAAAUGUCAAACUAUUCCUUAAUGUAAUAUAUAUAUAUAUAUAUGUUCCUUAAAAGAUUUAAAGAAACCUCAAAUCUGUUGCCUUUUAUUUUGGGUAUAAUCUGACCAACUUUGCUGAUCAGGAGCCUUGUUAAUAACCGCAGCAUACAAGGAAACCUUAGGGACCCAAAGACAAAAGGACAAUAAAACAGUACAUAAACCACGA